AUGCACGCGGCGGAAGCUGCCCUGAUUACAUUGCAACGACCCGUGAUCGUUGGUCACGACUCCUUGCGCCUUCUGGAGUUUGAUCAACCCACCUGCACUUCCCCUAUUAACCCCGAGCUCAACCGUGACGAGGGCCUGGAUAUCUGCAGCUCCACUGGCAGUUCCGCUGGACACUUGGACGCCAUCGAGUCCAUCAUCAGCCAUCAUGGCACGUCUCGGGUUACGGAGCAGAAUGGGGUCACAAGCAACGACGAUGACGAUGUCCGUGGAGGCCUUGUCUGUGACUCAAUGCUCGGUUUCGACAAGCUGAGCCAAGACCUGUACGAUGUUCAUCUACACAAGGGAUCGUACAAUAGCGUAGCGAACAGAGCUUCGGACAUCCUUCUCAGUGGGCAAGCGUUCACUCAUGACGAGGUUGUUGAUGCAACGGCUGGUUUUACCAAGGCCUGCCCUAACAAGGAUCCACUUGCUAUCAAGCUCGAGCAAAGAGACGGGCCGGGCCGCCACUAUCACCAUUUCAGGCCUGACGGGGAUGGAACGCGUGGACCUGGCGCAGGGGGUUCCAGUGGCACCCAGCCCAACGGGGAUUUGAUCUCGAAAAUGGUGCUCAUUCACCCUGAGAAGAGCACUUCUGUUGCUAGAAACGUCAUCCAACGAGCCGAGGAAUCCGGAUCGCUCCAAGAUGGGGCCGCCGGAAGCCACCUUCAGGGCUUCAAUACGAGUACUCUUCUGCAUUGCACAAGGUCUGCUCCGGCACCUGGACCCUUCAUGGCCGCCGUGGGCAAGCUGAAGGCCGUCAUUGGCAUAAUAUUGGCCGACAUGCACGAGCCAAAGCCUGCUGCUAUCAAUACUCUAAUUGCUACCAUGGACGAGGCUGAGCUAGCCGCCAUCGGCAUGCUGUUGGAAGCUAUGGAUGAGGAUGAGCUUGCCGCAGACUUCAGCACUACCAAAGAGAAGUCCCCGCCAACGGGAGCAUACUGGAGAGGCUCGCCAUCGUCAUCGAGUGCCACGCGGCAUACCCGACUGGAUGAGUUCCCCGAAGGCGUGGUACAACGCCUAAUGCCACGCGGCGGUACGAUCUACUUCGGCAUGGACAUGGACAGCUUCACGUCCGCAAGGAUCGAUGUUGAUGUCAUGGAUUGCCUCAGAGACGCCGCAAUCGAGGCAGCCGAGGACAUAAGGGAGCAGAACCUGGGGAUCGCCUUCGCCUACACCACGGAUCCGCGCUACAAAGUCUUCAACAUCUGCUACGACCCCAACCUCCCCUUCGUCACUCUCGCCCAGGGCUUCUUCCCCGGAGACCAGCCCGAUCGCUGGCAGCUGGGCGUCUCGUCUCUCGCGUCCGUCCGCUGGGUGUUUGACCACAACCGCGCCCACAUACCCAAGAUCUUCGGCCACGAGUUCGCACAUAUCCUAGGCCUGCGCCACUACAACGCCGGGUCCAGCGCCGUCGAGUUGCGUGAGCGGUCCUUCCUGUGGCCGGGCACACGCGACGGGGACUGCAACACUAUCAUGCGCACGGGGGUGCACUCAAGUUACCUGGAUUUCUCCGAUGAGGACAACCGGGUUAUCCAAGAAUUUUACUCUAAGAGAAAUGGAGCUGUGGUAGAUGGUGUUCGCAUCAUGGAUGUCGACCCGUACGAGAGGCUCUGGGAUUUCUUUUCCUUUCAGGUCCGGCGUCUCAUCGGUCUAAAUCGCCCUUAG